AUGGCUCAUCAGACGCCGUGCCAGUACUCUCCCUUGCGAUGGACGAAGCACGCACUGCACUCCACCCACCUCGAGGCCAUGGGCCCCGAUAAUGGACACCAACACGCGGCACGCUGCAAGGUCAUGUCGUACGCCCUCGCCGCGUGGCUGACCCCCAUCCACUAUAGAAAUACACCGGCGUCCAUAUCCAGGAUGGGGCAGCUCCUCUCUGCGCUGGACGACUGUCCCUCGGGGACGCAAAACCACACCGUCGGCGGCAUCUGGGCGGACCACGAAUUCGUCGUCGUCCCGCUCGACAUCGCCGAGUCCUCCGGCACCGGGACGAGCGCGACGGCGUCUAGUGCCCUCGAGACCAUCUACGACGACGGCGGGUACGACGACGGGGACGACGAUACGCUGUCGAUUAUCUCCUCGGCGGAGACUCUGGCGUCGUACGUUUCGGCUGAGACGACGGCGCCGCUGCCUUCGCCCCGGGCUUCGCGGAUCCCUGGACCGGCUCCGGCUGCUGCCAAUGCUGCGGGUUUCGUCCCUGUCGAAUAUGUCAUCCGCAGCGGUGGCCGUGGGCAUUCUCAUGGCCAUGGUCAUGGGCAGGGUCGCGGUCGCGGUCCUCGGCGCAGUGUUAUGGUCACCCGCACGAUGGUGCGCUCUCCCGACGCGCUGCAGGCAGCGGCGGCUUCGAAUAGGAAUGCGAACGCGAGUUCGAUCCGAGAAGAGCACAGCUGGCAACGAGAGCGAGAGCGAAACCCCACAUCAGCGCCGUCGUACGUCAACGCAUCCCGCGUGACGCUACCACUCCCCCCAAACCAGAGCAAAACACCGAGCCCGCUCCUCAAGGCGCUCAACUGCUUCACCAGCGUGCAGGCGUUCGAGCCUGACGACGCCGACUUCGUGACAGACAUGGAGACACCAAAUUCUGGUGGCAUGACGCACGCGCAGCGCUCGAGGUCCAGAGCGCCGCGCGUCAUCGAGGUGGUCGUGCGGCAGACGCGAGACGAAUACGAAGACGCAGCUGCGAUGCGGAAGCUCGCGGCUGAGGUGUACCACGGGCAUGCUGGUCAUCGUCCGGCUGCGGUUGCGGUCGAUAGCUAGGGGGGAGGGGGGGGGCGCUUUUGCUGGUCCGAGGAUUCCGGUCACGCAUCUACUACGCAUUUACGCAUAAUUUAUGAUUAUUAGUUGGUUGGUUUCUUCAUGGUACAU